AUGACUAAUUUUGAUGGCUUAUCUGAAAUUUUCUCUAUAGAUUUUUCAGUUGCUCACCAGAAAAAAUCAGAUGAUCAGAAAAAAACAACCGAUAAGGGUUAUUUUGAAGUAUUGCAAGAGGAACUCACAGAUGAUAAAUGGAAAUGGCGCAAGUACGGUGAGAAGUCAAUCAAAGGUUUUUCCUUUCCGAGAAACUACUAUAAAUGUAGUACAUCAAAAUUAUGCGAAGCAAAGAAAAUUAUUGAGAAAAGUCCAAAGAAUGGGAACUAUUUCUUGGUGUCCUAUUCUGGUGAACACAACUAUGAUCCACCCACAAAUAGUAAAUCUCUCGCUUUCUGCAACUGUAGUUCCAAACACAAACUUCCAAAAGGCAUAAAUAUUGUUCCCAAAGCAUUAAACUUGAAUGCAUCAUCAUCCUCGUCCAAGCGUGCUAUGCAUUCCAGAGUUGAAGCCUCUUCAAUUAGCCCACCUAAAUCUACACUUGAUAUCGACAGCAAUAAUAAAAUGAUUGUUGUGGCCGUGCAGAACAACAACAAUGGUGAAGAGGAGGAAAACGUGAAUAAAAAUAUUCUCAUAAAAUUUGAAGAACUCCAAGGAGUUACUGCUUCCACCUUAUGGGGAUGA